AUGGGCUGCUCUAUCGCGCCGCAAUGCUGCGACGAGCGCUUUUCGUCGGAUGCCAUCAUCUUCGCCCAUGACGACCACACAUCGGUUAAAGAGGAGAUCAUGCUGGCCCGUGACUUGCACAAGGCGGCCGGAGGCACUCUUUGGCUAGAGUUUGUCUACGAGGAACAGCUGGAAGAGGUGCGAAAAGCCUUCGCCACGGCUGACACGGCUGACGACCAGGCCAAACUUGAGGAGUUGCUACAAUCCAUUAGUUCCAAUGGCUGGUCCAUGGAGUUCAACAAGUCACUGGUCCAUUUGCUCACCGUUGCCCAGAAGCAUCACAUUGCCUUCCACGCGUUGGACGAUCCCGAGUGGUCCCGAGACGCCUUCAUCGCUCACUAUGGCCCUGCGAGGGGCCCUCUGCGCUACCUGGCGAACCGCGCCUCUCAGCUGGACGACGGCGAGGGCGCCACCUCCAGGUGGUGCAGCAAGAUCUGCGCCCGGCGAGCAACGGAGCGAGAAGAGCAAGGCCCCGUGGUGGUCUUGGGGGGGGCGGAGCAUGGUCCACCCUUCCACAAGUUCAUGAAGGCCCGCAUCAACGUGGAGGUGACCUGUAUAUACGAAGACCUCCAUGAGAAGCACGCCACCCAACAGAUCUCAUCUCAGCUUGACACUCUGAAUUCAGAGGAAACUCGUCAUUCUUUGCAGACACUUCGAAGCCGCUGA